CUCUCUUGCCAUCUCAAUCUUUCUGCAAGACAAGAACACAUUUAAUACCAUCGAUCAGUAGCAAUUUCUGGACUCACCAACUACGUACAUACUUUUAAACAUCCCCACCAGGAUAGAUCGAUCGCUAACCAAGAAAAUUUCCCUUCAGAAGAAUUCUUGCGUUCUGUUCCUUCAGCGAGAUUUAUUUAUGGCUACUUCAUGGUGCAAAGAUUCCCCAAUACUCAACAAAGUUCGUGGAUGCAUCUUGCUUGUUGUGAUAGUAGUGACUCUUACGACUGCCAUUGGAUUUACUCUUUGGUUCAUAGGCAGCUAUGUGGAUUCAAAGUCCGGUCCGCAGACACAACCCCUUGUGCUUCGCUUGGAUGCAUUUUCUUUAUCAAAUUUCGAGGUUUCCAAUUCAUCGUUAUCUGCCAGUUGGGAUGCCAAAAUGACAUUUGGGAACCAAAAUAAUGGCCUAACUGUUACCCUCUACCCUUUUGAGAGUUUUGUGUAUUACAAAGAAGGUGAAGACGCUCUGUCAUGUGCUUUAGUGGAUGCAAUGCAUAUUCCUCCGAGAAAACAGAAGACAGUGCAGAUCAAAUUUGAUUCCACAGGCUGUGGAGGGGACCAGCCAUUUAUCGAGGAUCGUGUGCUGAAGGAGUUAAGUGAAGAUCGAAAGAGUGGUUACUUGAAUUUCAGUAUGAAGAUGCAUAUAGAUGCUUCGUAUAGCAUGAGGGAGCUAUUGGGAAUGGGAACACAAGUGAGUUUAAAUCCUAAUUGUACAAAUUUGAAGGUUGAGUUUGCCGCUGCCAAAGGUGAGGGAAAGAUAUUUGGGGGAAGGAAGUGCUUUGUUCCAUUGCCUAAUUGAUCCAGGAUUGUUGUUGUACAUGUUUAUAAUAAU